AUGUCGCGGCAAAGUAUGGCGCCGCAGCGCAAUCUGUCGCUCACAGAGGAAUUGGAAAAGCUCGAGCAGUCCAUCACGCUCACGAUGCAAGUCGAGCAGUACGGGAAGCACUCAGAGGCGGUGUGGGAGGGCUCCAAGUUCUGGAAGCAGUUCUUCGAGGCAAGUGCGAACGUGUCGCUGUCGGGCUACGAGGCCCCGGAGCCCGAAGAGUCGCUCGUGCAGGAAGACACGCAGGAAUCGCAGCUGUAUGAUGACGAGACCGAGGAGGAUGAGACGGUGACAGGGCAGACGGCAACCCCGCCCAGGCCCGCCUCUGCGCAGGACGACGACGACGCGGAGAGCACCAUCACCUUCGAUUCGCCCUCGCUGGGCCAUAGCACGCCCCGAGCGCCGCCAUCUACGACCAAGGGCAAGAGCAAGCAUGCGCCCAUGGAGAAGGAGCCCAAGUUCGCCGGCCUGUCAUCGCCAUACGAGGACCUCCGGAAGGAGAUGGAGGGGUCCAAGACGCCGGUGCUGGAGCCUGUCACGCCGGGCAAGACGCAAUUCUUGCCAGACAUGACUGGCCAGCUCGACUCCUCGCCCUUUGUGCAGCCCACGACGGGCAAGAAGGCCCGCUGGGGCCCGGGCUACACAAACGACCCUCUGUUGCAUCGCGUGCUGGACAAAACAUACCGCGUGCAAGCUACGCCCAUUGUCAGUCCACGCAAGUACAAGCCCACCGGAGCAUUUACUCCCAGGACUACCGAACGGACUGCGCCAACUCCCGGUGGAGCUACUUCGAGACUGCCGAGAUGGACCGACGAAGACUCGUCGCCGCCUUCCUCGCCUGCACCGCAACUGCGCGUCGACAUCUUCUCGCCAGCUAAGACGCCUCGAACGCCAGGCAUCAGUGUGCAGACACCGGGAAAAGGCAGAGUACCAAUGAGCAUCAAUAGGACAGGCGAUAUCUUUGACGACAGCGAAGACGAGGAGGAGCAUGACCUGGGCUUCAGUCCUCCCAAGACAAUUCAAUUUCAUAUCCCACAGAGCAAGCUGCUACAGACCCCUGCACGCGAAGCCAGCAGGCGCAUCGUCGACGACCUCCUCAUGACCGCAGGUGGGGACAUUACAGAUUCGACUGGCGGAAUGGACGAGGAUAGCCCAAGCGUUGUGCGACGGCAGGUGGACUUGGACGACAGCUUUUGA